AUGGCCUCCAAGACCUAUAACGUUGGUGUGAUCGGCUACGGCUUCAGUGCCAAGAUCUUCCACAUUCCCUUCGUGGAGCAGCUUCCCGAGCUCAAGCUUUAUGCGGUUGUGCAGCGCACUCCCAAGUCCGACGACGAUGCGGAGAAGGACCACCCUGGUGUCAAGUCCUUCCGCACUACUGAUGACAUGGUCAAGGACCCGGCAGUGGAUGUGGUGAUCGUCACUACCGCCCCGGACUCCCACUUUGAUCUAUGCAAGCUGGCUUUGGAGGCUGGCAAACACGUCGUCUGCGAGAAGCCCUUCACUCCCACUCACAAGGAAGCCGAGGAGCUCGUUGCCAUCGCCAACAAACAGAACAAGCUUCUGGCCGUGUACCAGAACCGCCGCUGGGAUGCCGACUUCGUGACCCUCUCCAAGCUCGUCAAGAGCGGCGCCCUUGGCCGCAUCUCCGAGUUCGAAACCCACUUUGACCGUCACCGUCCUGAGGAGCCCGCCGCCGAGUCUCACAAGUGGAAGAACAAGGUCAUCCCCGGUGGCUCCGCCAUCUACGACCUGGGCACUCACCUUCUGGACCAAGCAGUGCAUCUGCUCGGCCUUCCCAAGCGCGUGACGGCCUUCAUCGGCUCCGCCCGCGCCUCCAACACCUCCGGCUUUGAGGACUCCUUUACCGUGCUGCUGCACUACCCCAACAACAUGAUGGUCACUGCCAAGGCGACUGUCGUCAGCCCCGAGGACGAGCAGCUCCGCUUCUGGGUGCGCGGCGAGAAGGGAAGCUUCAAGAAGUACCACCUCGACAUCCAAGAAGACCAGCUCAAGGCUGGAAUCAUGCCCCAGGACAACGGGUAUGGCCGCGAGCCCAGCGAGCGCUACGGCAUCAUCACCACCAUCCAGAACGGCAAGCCCGUCAAGGAGAUCGUUCCCACCGUCGAGCCCCCCACCUACACUGAGUACUACCGCAAGCUCGUCCGUGCCCUUGGUGGCGAAGGCGACUUGCCCGCUAGCGGUGCUGAGGCUAGCCAGGUGAUCCGGCUGAUCGAGUUGGCUCGUGAGAGCUCCAAGACUGGCCGGACCCUGGACGUUUAG